GCGAACAUGCCGAGAUAAGACACUAGGUCAGUCUUCAUUCAAACAAGAACUGAUGAAAAUGGAAAAGCUUAUGUUGGUGAUUUCCCUCCUGGGACUCGCGGCUGCAGCAGACAUCCGGACCACAACAAUUGGAGGAGCCAUCCGCUUCUACUUCGACCACACCGUGAAUGAUUUGGUUGCGGCGACCGAUUCCAAAUGUUACAUUGUACCGCUGACCUAUGCAGAAGCUGAUCACGUGCACACGUCUGGCGGUCUCGAAGAGUUGGAGUUGCGAAUGAUGCGCGAAUGGAUGGGAACUCUACCCGAAAAGUCGGUUUACCAUACAGACCGGGCAGUACCGCCUCUGAUUCAACAAUGGUGCACCCGUAGGGACAUGAUUUACCUCGCUAGAGCUGAUUUUAACCCGUCCUCUACUACCCCUGUCUCCCCGCUCGGGAAACGCUAAUUUCAAAUGCUGUUGAUUGUAUUGAAGCAAUAAUAUGUCAACCUCAGCAAAAUAAACACAUCAUCUAUCUAUA